AUGAGGUCUGAGUUGCUUCACUGGGCUUUGUUGCUGCUGCUCAUCUUUCUUUCCCCUGCUCCAGUCAAAGCUGAAAAAGACCAAAGUGUGUUCUGUGGAGCUUGCAGGGCCUUGAUGGAUGAGGUAGAGUAUGAUGUUAUGAAAGCACGUCAGAAGAAGGGUGUGAGGGUGAAGUCGUACCGCAUAAGGCCUGAUGGGACGCAGGAGAGACCAAGCCAGAAACCUGAAGCCAACAGUGAACUGCUCUCCCAGUGGUUCCUGGGAGAAAGACAGCAAGCUGUGGGAUGGAGUGGGUGGAUGGCAGAGAUGAUUCCCUUAGCCCAGUCAGAGGCAUUCUUAACAGAAGUUUUGGAGACCGUAUGUGAGAGAAUGAAUGACUACAAACUUGAAGACCAUUCUGAAAACGGUGAAAGGAAGUUCAAGAGAUUUGCUCCAAGGAAAGGGGACAAAAUAUACAAAGAAUUUAAACGAUUCUAUUUUUAUUCUGAUGCUUACAGACCUUUGAAAUUUGCGUGUGAAACUAUAAUAGAAAAAUAUGAAGAUGAAAUAUUCUCACUUGUCGCCCAGGAGGCAGAGCAUCUAGCUGACAAGUUGUGCAGUGAAAAAUCAGAUAUUUGUGUUGCUUCUUCUACCAGUCACACUGAGCUUUAAGAUGACCGAGCUACUAGUUAUAAAGAGAAGUAAGGUGACAAUCUCUCCCCUCCCCCAAAGGUCAAUGCUUAUGUUCUCUGUCGAUUCAUGCCUUUCAUCACCACAAUCAGUACUCAUGCCUCUGCCUUAAGUGUGUGCUAAAUUCUUUGAUGGUUAAAAUUGAGCAAAAAAAUUUUAAAUGAAAAACACAGUGAUGAACUCAUUCUUCUGAAUAGUUUCUGAAGGUAAAGUUACAGAGUUCAUUCAUGUCAAUUCUGUUGCUUUUGAUAAUGUGAGACUUGGUAGAUAAAUGCAGUUUUCUUGGAGAAUUGUGGGAGGAAGAUUUCCUAUAAACACAAAUAAGAAUUUAGUAAAUGUUAGCAAAUUAUGCACUCUGAAUAGAUGCCUUUUGGUUAAAGAAGAAUUUCACUCAAAAAGCUGAUUGGAAAUGUGAAGUCAAGCAAUAAUUACUGGCAAGUAGUUUCUUAGCCUUUCUAGCUCAGGGCUAAUAUUGUCUACCCUGAUUUUCAUGAGGGAUAUUUUUCAAUAACAUAAUUACCUUAAGCUUGUAAACUUUUAAAAAAAAAAGGAUAGAAAAAAAGAAAAAAGGAUAGAACAAAUCUGAAGUUCAUCAUUUUUGUUUAGAAUCAUAAUGGGGCCUGGUCUUUAUUGUCAGUUUUAAAAUAUCAAAAUCUAAAUUCAGAUGACCUAAAAAGUUUAUUUCUUGCUAAUUACAGAAUAUACUCUUAAAAGAUCUUAUCAAUAGAGAUGCUUUGUUUUACUGAUGAAUAUCUUGCUUAGGUAAAAUUGUUAUUACUAGCAUACAGUGAAAAUUAUUUGUGAAACUAAUUGUCCAGUAGUUAUUAUUAUUAAUUUUAUUAUUAUUGGAAAGGAUAAACAAGGCUUUGUUAGAGUGGAAGAUAUAACUUUCAACCAUAAUUAGCACGGUGCCUUCAAUUAAAUGCAA